AGUACAUACUCACUCGCUCAAACUGUUAGCCGACGUCUGUAUGUCAAUAUGGCGUCAGACUACUCGCUGCAGCAGACACUCGACUGGGAAAUCAGAGACAAAAUUGUAAUAGGCGAGGAGCUCGGGCGUGGAUCGUACGGAACAGUGUGCGAAGGUGAGUGGAAAGGCGCUCGAGUAGCAGUCAAAACGGUUCACGACAUUUUCGUGGAGGUUGGGCUUCCGAGGAAUGACGUUGCGGCAUUUCUAGAGAAAUUUGAAUUAGAAUGGCAGACAAUGAAAUAUUUGAGGCAUCCAAACGUCGUACAAUUGUUUGGAGUGAGCACUCUGAACAGUAAACAGCCAAAAAUGAUUAUGGAAAUGUUAGAUGAAAGUCUCCAGCGUCGCCUCGAAGGCACCAAUCCUCUUUCACCAAUGAAGAAACUUCAUGUUUUGAAAGGAAUUGCAUGUGGGCUUCGAUAUUUGCAUGAGCUUCCCUGUCCAGUCAUUCAUCGUGAUCUUUCCAGUAAAAACAUUCUCUUGUCUGAUGAUGCCCGGCAUGUGAAAAUUGGUGAUUUGGGUGUGGCCAAGGUUCUUUCUGAGAUGCACUGUGCUCGAGGCACAGUCAUGCCGGGUACAGAGCUCUAUAUGCCGCCUGAAACUCGUUCAGAGACUCUGCCUCAUCCAAGUCUUGACAUCUUCUCAUUCGGAGUCAUUAUGAUUGAGACUAUUGUCAAUUGUUUGCCAUCGCCUCUUCCUUUGCUAACUCGGGAUCCUAAUGACUCGACCAAGUAUUGCGUGCUAACUGAACUGGAGAGACGAGAGAAAGAUUUGAAGCAAGUGCCGAAAGAUCACAUUUUGUACUCAACCAUAUGUGCAGCACUCGAUUUGCCAGAAAAUCGACCAUCAGCUGCUGAAAUCCUAGAAUCGCUAUCAAAGUACAAACAGAAGAUAGGAGGAAGUGAUGACAAACACCAUUCUAGUGAGCUUCAACAAUGUAAGCUGAAGGUCGAUGAGUUAGUUGCAAGUAAAGAAAGAAUGCAGAGCGAAAUUGGACAACUUAAGACUCAAGUCCUUAAACUGCAGGAUGAGAACAAACAACUUCGCUUCGAAGCUACUGCAAUGAAAGCUGCAAAUUUGUUGCCACAGCUGCAGACUAGUGAAACUUCUAAUCUUUCUCAAUAUCCUGUUAAUCAGCCAGAUGUUGGUAAUCGUUUGAAGAUCACAGAAACACAAACUCCUCAUCAUGCUAGUGAACCAGUAGAAUUUAUUCAGCUCCCGCUAUUGAUGCCCACAACUAAUGAACAAUCUUCUAGACUGGUGCUGCCAAAGAUUCGUUCUGAACGAGUAGAUGUUGAUAGUGAUAUUAUCAAGUAUGUCACUACUCUUGACAAUGCUGUUGGAGCUUUGUUGUCACUCAAUCAUCGUGUCACUGAUGAUUUUAACUAUUACGAAGUUUGCAUUAUUAGUUCUGGUCACAGGGGAACCAUUGGUGUUGGAUUUGCUAGAAACAACUACCGGCUUAAUCGCCAACCAGGUUGGGAUUGUGGAUCAGUGGCUUACCAUUGUGAUGAUGGAAUGGUGUACAGUGGAUCAGGAGGAAGGGAUCGCUUGCAGCAACCUUCUAAAUCGGGAGAUGUUAUUGGUUGUGGUAUUAAUAGAAUUUCUGGGUCUGAUCCGAAUUGUGCCGUUGCUUUCUUUACACGAAAUGGUAUCCUCAUUGGACAGAAGGCAGUCUCCAUACCUGAGGGAGGAUUUUACCCAAUGGUUGGGAUGCACAGUCGUGGAGAAAUUGUUCGAGUCAAUUUUAGUGCCACGUGGUGCAAUGAAUCAACUCAUUUGCCUGUGAAUUCUAUCAUACCGAGUCUUUCAGUGAGAUAUGAACGUAUUGAUGUAGAUGGGGAUAUGAUUUCGUAUGCAGCAGGUGCAGGAGAUGAAGUGGCUGUGUAUCAGAUGAUGGGCUGUCGUAUGGACAGUCACUUUUCGUACUAUGUUGUUCGAAUUGUCAAAUAUGGUACUCAAGGAACCAUCGCAAUUGGUCUUGCGAGACGUAAUUAUUCACUCAACAGACAACCAGGAUGGGAUAGUGGCUCAAUAGGAUAUCACUGCGAUGAUGGUAUUGUCUACCACACAUUAUCAGACAAUGACCAAUGUUAUGGUUGUGCUCAGGAAGGCGAUCUGAUCGGUUGUGGUAUUAGUAAAUUUGUGGCACCAAAUGAACAACAGGCAAUCAUUAUCUUUACUAAAAAUGGAAUUAAGAUGGGAGAGGUCAAGGUUGAUGUUCCUCAAGGUGGCCUAUACCCGACAGUCGGACUCCACAGUGUUGGUGAAGUCAUCCAGGUUGAUCUGACAGCAACAUACUGUGAAUCAACUUUUCAGACAGAGUCCAUAAAACUCAAUACUCCAGCAAGUCCACAUAGUGUUAUUCCACCACCGUAUUUCUCGCUUUAUCCAACUGCCCCUCGUUCGAUCCGCUCUCAACUUGUAGAAGUGACAGGAAACACUGUGUCGUACACAAAGCAUGUAACCAAUGAUGUUGGUGUCUUUCAAUCAUUAAGUCACCAGAUUGGAAUGAAUUUCUUCUACUUUGAAGUUCGUAUAGUGAACUAUGGUGCUGAAGGAUACAUUGGUGUUGGUCUUGCUGGAGAUAACUAUCCACUAAAUUGUCAACCAGGAUGGGAAAGAGGAUCAAUCGGUUAUCACUGUGACGAUGGCAAGCUGUACUAUGAGACUGGAUUUGGUCAGCCAUUCCACCAACCUGCCCAAGAAGGAGACGUCAUUGGGUGUGGUGUGCAUAACAUUAUUCAAUCAAAAAAGUCUCCAACAGCUGUAGUUUUCUUCACACGAAAUGACAUGAAGUUGGGAGAGAUUACUGUCCCUAUACCAGAAGGAGGGUUUUAUCCAACUGUAGGAUUACACUCUCGAGGAGAAGUCAUUGAAGUUGACUUUCAAUCCAAAUGGAGAGACAUCACUCAACACAAGCAAGAUAUACGCCAUGAGCGAGUUCUAGUGGUCGGCAAUGACAUUUCCUACAUUGAUACCAGAAUGAAUGAUGUCGGAGUGUAUCAAUUAACUGGUCAUACAAUGAGCAGUUCUUUUGUCUAUUACGAAGUCACCGUUGUAAAGCGUGGUCGCAAAGGAACCAUUGCUGUUGGCCUCGCACAUCCCGAAUACUCUUUAGCUAAACAACCAGGUUGGGAAACAGGGUCUGUUGCAUAUCAUUGUGAUGAUGGUAAACUGUAUUGUGAAUCAAGCUUUGGAAAAGCAUGUCACACACCUGCAAAUGAGGGUGAUGUCAUUGGCUGUGGUAUUAGCUCAUUUAGUGAAUCUUCUCGCCAGUUAACCGUGUUUUUUACUCAAAACGGAAGAAAAUUUGGUGAAAUACUAGUAGCUGUACCACGUGGAGGACUCUGUCCUACAGUGGGACUCCACAGUGCAGGCGAAGUUGUGAAGGUGAACACGAAUGCCAAAUGGAAGAGACCUGUCAUCACUCCAUGUCGUUAUGAGAGGGUGGAAGUGAAUGGGAAAAGAUUGUGGUAUGUUGGAAAUGCGAGAAACGAUGUCGGAGUGUAUCAAGCCAUCAACCAUCCUAUGAACUCACAACAGUCAUACUAUGAAGUACACAUCAUAAGCACUGGAGCUCGGGGUACGAUUGCUGUUGGUGUGGCUGCAAAGAGCUACUCUCUCGAUCAACAGCCUGGAUGGUUGAAAGGAUCGGUUGCUUAUCACUGUGAUGAUGGUAAGCUCUAUAAAGAGUCAGGUCAGGGCAUGCGUUUUCAUCAUGCAGCACGUUCGGGUGAUUUGAUUGGCUGUGGAAUCAAUCUCUUCAAAGGCUCGUUUUCAAAGCAGGCAACAGUAUUCUUUACACACAAUGGAGUGAAGAUCGGUGAAACGGUGAUCACUGUUCCUCGGGGUGGAUUCUACCCAACAGUCGGCCUUCACAGCAGAGAUGAAGUUGUACAAAUAGAGACGGGAGCUCAGUGGCCCAAGGACAGUCGUUAUCGAAUAGAGACUGUUCAUGUUGACGGUAAUCGGAUCUCGUAUAUUGAAAACAAAAGGAGGGAAAUGGGCUGUUAUCAAGUACUUGAGAAGCACAUGGACCAGGAGGGAAGUUGUUUUGAAGUAGAGAUAGUCAACUAUGGGACUCAUGGCUACAUUGGCAUAGGAAUAGCUCGAAGAGAUUACCCUCUUGAUGAAAUGCCCGGAUGGAAACCUGGAUCAAUUGCCUAUCAUUGCGAUGAUGGAAAACUGUUUCAAGGAACAGGUAUUGGCAAGAUGUUUUCGUCACCUGCUACCCAAGGCGAUGUAAUUGGCUGUGGAGUGAACAAGGUCGUCCAUUCAGAUUCCAAGACAAUGGAGGUCUACUUCAUAAAGAAUGGUACAAUGAUGGGAACUGGUGUUAUAGGGAUCUCAGAAGGAGGCUUUUCCCCGAUAGUUGGUUUCCAUACUGAGAACGGAAGUGUAAAACCAAAUGUGCAAAGUCCAACUGUGGCUCUUACUACACAUCCCCAGUUUCGAUAUUCAAAUGUUCAAAUUGAAGCAACUCGCUUGUCAUAUGCUGGGAACCAAGGAAAUCAACCGAUAGGCCUUUGUCAGUUCAUAUCUAGAAAGAUGGAUGAGCAUUUCAACUACUUUGAAAUGACAAUCGUUAGUGCUGGUAUUGAUGGUGCCAGUGGUAUUGGUGUCACACGUAAAGGCUAUCCCCUCGAUGCAAUGCCAGGAUGGCAAGAAGGCUCCUAUGGAUUUCAUGGCGAUGAUGGUCAUCUGUUUUAUGGCAAUAGCGGCAAGGGUCACGAAUUAAGUACACCUGUAGAAGUGGGAGAAGUCGUCGGUUGUGGGCUUAAUUUUAGUCAAGAACCUCCCAAGUUAUUCUUUACUCGAAAUGGCCAAAAACUUAUACAAUUUGCCAUAGACUUUCCAGAGGACGGACUCUACGCAACAGUUGGAAUGCACAAUGCAGGUGAAGCAGUCGAUCUGAAUGUAUCUGUUAAUUGGCUGGGGCACGACUAAGCAUACAAUAAUCACCAACUUCUUGACAUAGGACUUCUUGUUCAUAGAGACAUUGUCAAACAGUUUUAGCAGACUGUUGAUCUUAGAUAU